UGAUUUUUAAAGCACAUUUAAAUCACAUUUAAAACGUUGACUUAAAAAAAAAAAAAAAAAAAAAAAGAUUUUUAGCGAGAAGUGGCCGUAACUGUGUGUUGGAGUCAGAGGUAGAAGUUGUUACUGUUAAUUGGGGGAAAUUAGAUAAAACUGUACUGAAGACCAUACGUGUGAAUUGCGCCUUGUCAUAUACACAUGAGCUCUGGCAGGUAGGUAUAGGAUACCUCGUGGCUACUUGGGCUCUUUAUUUACAACAUUUUAUUUUACUGUUACGGUGAAACCUUAACUGUGCAGCUGGGGGAGUAGCCGGCUCUAAUUACUUUAAUUGUCAGAGCAGUAGAAUUAAGCAAUCAUUUUUUUCUUCACUUCAGUUGAAUACCUUUUACAAAUGUACCCAUACUUGCCUAUCUUACUAAGUUUAAUAUCUGAAGAUAAUUUAAGGCUUUCAUUGUACUGUAGAUUAAGAAAGUGUAACAAUAGAGGUAGGCAGCCACGACUUGGUUUUUAUUUAUUCACUUUGUUCCAAGACGUGUGGCAGGAGGUGCGACGAUUAUAGCACUGCACCCAUCACUCACAGACUUGCCUGCGCCUUAUAAGAAUGUUUAAGUGCAGAUUUCUUAGGGUCUCUGCACUUUUUAACAUGAAAAUAUUCCUGGAAAAAUGAAUAAUAACCAUUUCCCAAACUUGAUAAAUGUACUAUCCUUCUUUAAAAGCAAUAUUCUCGGGGCGCCUGGGUGGCUCGGUGGGUUAAUAAGCAUCCGACUUCAGCUCAGGUCAUGAUCUCACGGCUCAGGAGUUCGAGCCCCCGAGUCGGGCUCUGUGCUGACAGCGUCUCCCUCUCUCUCUGCCCCUCCCCCGCUCACAGUCUGUCUCUGUUUCUCAAAAAUGAAUAAGCAUUAAAAAAAAAAAAUAAUAAAGAAGAAUAUUCUCUAAGGACACCCACCCACAUGGUGCUGACUUGAAUUAUGUUUAUUAUGAUAGUGUUUAAAUAGGUGCACACGGGCAGUAGGUUGAAACUCCUUAUGCGUGUAACCGUAUGUAUAUAAAACACAUUUACGAAUGGAACUCUCAAAAUCGGUACUUUCAAAACAACAUUAAUGUAUGCUUGGAUGAGGUUUUCCUGAGGCUUCUGUGCCCGCUGCUCCCUGUUUGGUCUGGUGAAUCCUCUUUCCCGCCAGCACCGGCGCGGGCGGCCGAGGCAGGAGACGGGAACGGCAGGGUCACGUACAGGGCAAGUUUCCCACAAAGAAGAAGGAAGCUGUGGCGGGACAGGAGCCACUGUAGAAACUGCGCGGCGCCUUGGCUUGAGGGAGAGUGCCCGAGCGAGGCCGGGGCCCAGGCUCCCCGAGGGAGGCGAAGCGGCGGCCCUCUGGUGGCAGAGCGCCUCCCUGGCGGCGCGGGCGCGGGCGCCGGGCCGCAGGAAGUGCCCCUCCGCGGCACGCGCCUGGCGCGGGAGAGCCACGGCCAGUGGUAGCCAGGCGUGCGGCUCCACGGGAGCACCGGAAGCGCGGCCCUGGUGGCAGGCCGGCCGCGUGGACGUGCUGGGGAAGGAGUAUCAGUGCGGCAGGAGAUGGGGAGCACGCGGGGUCCCGGCGGGAGGGCCGUGUCAUUGGCGGGACCACAAGAGACGAACGUAGGGGCAGGGUGAUUGGCAGGGGGCCUGGAGCACACGGUGUCUGUGUGCAAAGGGUCACGGGCAGGUGACACUAGACCACGUGCUGCAGGGUUGCUUGAGGGACCGCCCUUUCUGGCCCAUGGCUGGGGUCCUCACUGGCGUCUUCACAGCGAGCUACAUGCUCAGUUGCGCCCACUGGAAAGGAGAAAUAUUGAAGGAACCCGCCCAGGUACGCACAGCAGUGUGUGUUGAAGGUUGAAUUUGGAGCUGCCCAGCAGUAAGUUGGUAUCUGACCCACCAGGCCGUGCCAGCCGGAUGCUCCUGCAGUGUUUGAGGCCUGGCUUACAGGGCUCACCCUUCCGAGGGCCGUGACUCUGCGCUGUGUUCCCGUGUAGCGUUGUAGCGGCUCUCCACGCUGGCUAGGAAUCUUUGCUUAACUGCCUUGGGGGUACCCGGGUGGCUCAGUCGGUUACGUGUGCAACCCUUGAUUUCAGCUCGGGUCACGAUCUCACGGUUGGAGACUUCAAGCCCCACGUCGGGCUCUGCGUUAACAGCACAGAGCUUGCUUGGGAUUGAUUCUCUGUCUCCCUCUCUCUCGGCUCCUGCCUUCCUGUCCCUCUCCCUCUCCCUCCUCCUCCCUCUGUCAAAAAUAAAGAAAGAAAAACUGAAAAAAAGAAUCCUCUCCGAAGGUUCUGAUUCGGGCUAGGGUGGAACCCAGGAAUUUGCGUUUUUGAUCGGUGCCCUCGGGGGUGCUGACAGCGAGGCUCCUGAGGCUCCUGAGCAGAGGGACGCAGGCCUGGGGCCGGGCUGUGUGAGCACUCUUGUUGCAGGCCGUGCCCUUACCGCCUAACACACUGCCUUCUGGAAGCAUGGCGUUUGACACGUGGGCUGAAAGAACAGCCACGGAAGCACUAGUGCGCUCAGGACAACUGGCCGUGGCCCCGAGAAGUGGCCCCGUUUUUAGUGCCCCUUCUUGGAGCGCCCUUCUGCCUACCAUUUGGUUUAAGAGGGACUUUAUACUAAUGCCAUCUUUCUUUAUGUUGAACAGGGAGAAAGAACAAGAAACACAAAAAGAGGAACGUUUGAUGGAAGAAAAGAAAAAGAAAAAGCAGGAAGAAAAGAAAAAGAAGGAAGGUGCUCAGAAAAAGGCUGCUGAUCAAAAAACCAAAGUGCCAGAACCUCCCAAGACCUGUUCGAGCCAGCCCCAGCCUGCCGGUACCGCCGCCAGCGUUUGCACCAGCGCCCUGCCGAGCGGCGGCAAUGGCAAACGCGCGUCCGCCAGCAGCCAGCAGCCGGCUGCGCCCCGUUACCUGCCUCGCGAGGUGCCUCCACGCUUCCGCCAGCAAGAACAGAAGCAGCUGUUAAAGAGAGGCCAGCCGUUGCCUGCCGGGGCUCUGGCCAGCGUGAGCCCGACCCAGGGCGCUGGGCCCGCAGGCGUAAGCCCUCCUCCCCUCCCUGGAGCCGGAGCACAGCAGCACCCCAGUAAGCUCCAAGCAGAUCUCAGUCACGGCGGAUCGGCAGAUCACUAUGACAGUUCCCACCGGGGACAGCAGCCCACGCACAGAAGCGAAGCCAGUUGCAGCUGGGACCAAGUGAUCACAGACAGGACCGACAAGGAGGCGUGGCCUUCCAUCACAGGAACGGAGACUGAGUCUGCCUCAGAAUGCACUACGGACACUGACUCUGCCUCCAACUGUGGCUCGGAGAACAGUAGCAUGGCUACGGGGAGUGCCCAGGGCGCCUUCACCGGACACACCAAGAAGACGAACGGCAAUAAUGGCACCAACGGGGUGCCCGUCCAGAGCCCUUCUAACCAGGGUGCCCUGGGAGCAGGGGGCGCCAACGGGAACGGGAACGCGGCCCGAGUGUGGGGCGUAGCCGCGGGCCCCGGCUCGGGCCCAGCUCACUGCUCCCUCGGCGGCGGGGAUGGGAAAAUGGACAGCAUGAUCGGAGACGGGAGAAGCCAGAAUUGCUGGGGUGCUUCCAACUCCAAUGCCGGCAUUAAUCUCAACCUGAACCCUAAUGCCAACCCGGCUGCCUGGCCCGUACUCGGACACGAAGGAACUGUGGCGACAGGCAACCCUUCCAGUAUUUGCAGUCCGGUCAGUGCCAUAGGUCAAAACGCGGGCAACCAGAACGGGAACCCGCCGGGCACUUUAGGUGCUUGGGGAAGCCUGCUGCCGCCGGAGAGCACAGAACCACAAACGUCCGCUUCUCAGAAUGUGUCUUUCAGCGUACAACCUCAGAACCUUAACACUGAUGGACCAAAUAACACUAACCCCAUGAACUCUUCGCCAAACCCUGUCAAUGCAAUGCAGACGAACGGACUGCCAAACUGGGGCAUGGCCGUCGGCAUGGGGGCCAUCAUCCCACCCCACCUGCAAGGCCUUCCUGGUGCUAACGGAUCCUCGGUGUCUCAAGUCGGAGGGAGCGGCGGCGAAGGACUCGGCGGUUCCGUGUGGGGCCUGUCCCCGGGUAACCCUGCCGCGGGAAGCAGCAGUUCUGGCUUCGGUCAGGGGAAUGGAGACACUGUGAACUCGGCGUUGAGUGCUAAACAGAACGGAUCCAGCAGUGCGGCGCAGAAGGAAGGAAGUGGCGGUAACGCCUGGGACUCGGGCCCUCCUGCCGGCCCCGGGCUCCUCGCCUGGGGACGGGGCGGCGGCAACAGCAGCGGCGUCGGUCACAUCCAUUCGGGGGCUUGGGGCCACCCCACCCGAAGCGCCUCUAACGGUGUGAAUGGGGAGUGGGGGAAGCCCCCAAACCAGCAUUCCAACGGUGACGGCAACGGGAAAGGAUCGACAGGGUGGGACGGUCCGAGCGUCAGCGGCCAGAAUCCUGCCGUGCAGCCCGGCAGCGAGCACGUGAACUCUUGGGCCAAAGCCGCGUCUUCUGGAACCACGGCAAGCGAAGGAAGUAGCGACAGUUCCGGCAGUCACCACGAAGGGGGCUCCGGGAGGGAAGGAGCAGAAGGCCGGAGGCGAGAUAAAGGGAUCCUAGACCAAGGGCAUAUCCAAUUGCCAAGGAACGAUCUGGACCCAAGAGUCCUGUCUAAUACUGGUUGGGGACAGACUCCCGUAAAGCAAAACACUGCCUGGGAAUUUGAAGAGUCCCCUAGGUCUGAGAGGAAAAAUGACAACGGGACAGAGGCCUGGGGCUGUGCGGCUCCUCAGCCUUCACACUCAGGGGCGAAGAGUGAUGGGUCCAUCGUGAGCAGUACAAAUACCUCUGCAGUAUCCGGGUGGGUCAGCUCACCGCCUGCUGCUGCGCCGGCGAGCACAGGGUGGGGGGACGGCAGCAACAAAGCGCCAAAUGGCCCGGGGGUCUGGGGGGACUCGAUAAGCUCUACUGCUGUUAAUAAUGCUGCUGCUGCUGCUGUCGCCAAGAGCGGCCACGCUUGGAGUGGGACCGGAAACCAGGAGGACAAGUCGCCCACCUGGGGGGAGCCCCAGAAGCCCAAAUCUCAAACCUGGGGAGACGGACAAAAAUCCAAUCCGGCCUGGAGCGCUGGAGGGGGAGACUGGGCGGACUCGUCUUCCGUCCUCGGACACUUGGGGGACGGGAAAAAAAAUGGCUCUGGAUGGGAUGCCGACAGUAAUCGGUCAGGGUCUGGUUGGAACGACGCUACCAGGUCUGGGACCAGUGGCUGGGGUAAUGGCACAAACGCAAAGGUGAAUCCAGGGACAAACUGGGGAGAGUCUUUAAAACCUGGCCCCCAACAGAACUGGGCGGGCAAACCCCAAGACAGCAAUGUGAGUAACUGGGGAGGAGCCGCUUCCGUUAAGCAGACGGGAACCGGGUGGAUCGGGGGUCCGGUCCCUGUCAAACAGAAGGACAACAGUGAGGCCACGGGCUGGGAGGAGCCUUCUCCGCCAUCCAUCCGACGCAAAAUGGAAAUCGAUGAUGGUACCUCAGCUUGGGGUGACCCGAGCAACUACAAUAAUAAAACUGUAAACAUGUGGGAUAGAAACAACCCGGGCAUGCAGAGCAGUACCACGGCCGCCGCCACCACCACCACCACCACCACGAGCAGCAGCACGGACGUGGUCGAGACGCCGCCGUCACACCAGGCCGGCGCCCAGCUGAGUCGAUCGCCGCUGCUCGGUCCAGUCUCAUCGGGCUGGGGAGAGAUGCCUAACGUCCAUUCGAAGGCUGAGAGCUCUUGGGGAGAGCCGUCCUCCCCCUCUGCCCUGGUUGACAACGGCACCGCAGCGUGGGGCAAGCCGCCCAGCAGUGGCAGCGGAUGGGGGGACCAGCCCGCGGAGCCGCCCGUGACCUUCGGGAGAGCCGGCGCCCCCACUGCCGCCCCGGCCCUGUGCAAACCAGCUUCGAAAUCUAUGCAAGAAGGCUGGGGCAGUGGUGGGGACGACAUGAACCUCGGUGCCAGUCAGUGGGAAGACGAAGAAGGGGGCAUGUGGAACAGUGCUGCUUCCCAAGAAAGCGCGUCCUCCUGCGCCUCCUGGGGGAACGCCCCCAAAAAAGGACUCCCAAAGGGCAUGAAAACGUCUGGCAAGCAGGACGAGGCCUGGAUCAUGAACCGGCUGAUCAAACAACUCACGGACAUGGGCUUCCCGAGAGAACCAGCUGAAGAGGCCUUGAGGAGCAACAAUAUGAAUCUUGACCAGGCCAUGAGCGCCCUGCUGGAAAAGAAGGUGGACGUGGACAGGCGUGGACUGGGAGUGACCGACUACAAUGGAGGGGUCACCAAAGCCCUUGGCUGCCGCCCACCAGUCUCCAAAGACUCUUCCGGGGACCGCCCCACCUUUCUUGACAAGGACGGCGGCCUGGCGGAAGAGCCCACGACUUCACCAUUUUUGCCUUCACCAAGCCUGAAGCUCCCCCUUUCAAACAGUGCACUCCCUAAUCAGGCCCUGGGUGGGAUUGCCUCAGGGCUGGGCAUGCAAAACUUGAAUUCUUCUAGACAGAUCCCGAGUGGCAAUCUGGGUGUGUUCGGCAGCAGCGGAGCAGCACAAGCCAGGACCAUGCAACAGCCGCCGCAGCCGCCCGUGCAGCCUCUGAGCUCCUCCCAGCCCAGCCUCCGCGCUCAAGUGCCUCCGUUUCUAUCCCCUCAGGUUCAAGCACAGCUUUUGCAGUUUGCAGCAAAAAACAUUGGUCUCAACCCUGCACUAUUGACCUCGCCGAUCAAUCCUCAGCAUAUGACGAUGUUGAACCAGCUCUAUCAGCUGCAGCUGGCAUACCAACGUUUACAAAUCCAGCAGCAGAUGCUACAGGCUCAGCGCAGCGUUUCCGGACCCGUGAGACAACAGGAACAGCAAGUCGCGCGCACAAUCACUAACCUGCAACAGCAGAUCCAGCAGCACCAGCGCCAGCUGGCCCAGGCCCUGCUCGUGAAGCCGCCGCCGCCCCCGCCGCACCUGUCUCUGCACCCCUCUGCAGGCAAAUCGGCCAUGGACAGCUUCCCCCCUCACCCCCAGGCCCCCGGCCUGCCUGACCUGCAGACCAAAGAGCCGCAGUCUUCACCCGGCACCUUUGCUCCCUACCCUCUCGCUGGACUGAACCCAAACAUGAAUGUCAGCAGCAUGGACAUGACUGGCGGUUUGUCAGUGAAAGACCCGUCUCAGUCCCAGUCCCGCCUCCCUCAGUGGACACACCCCAACCCGAUGGACAACCUGCCCGGUGCUGCUCCUCCCCUCGACCAGAACCCCAGCAAGCAUGGUGCUAUCCCCGGAGGCCUGAGCAUCGGGCCUCCGGCUAAGUCCUCCAUUGACGACUCCUAUGGCCGGUACGAUUUAAUCCAGAACAGUGAGUCACCAGCCAGUCCUCCGGUAGCUGUUCCCCAUAGCUGGUCACGUGCCAAAUCUGACAGUGAUAAAAUCUCGAAUGGCUCCAGCAUCAACUGGCCCCCAGAAUUCCAUCCUGGAGUCCCGUGGAAAGGACUUCAGAACAUAGACCCUGAGAACGACCCCGACGUCACUCCUGGAAGUGUCCCCACCGGGCCCACCAUCAAUACCACCAUACAGGACGUCAACCGCUACCUCCUCAAGAGUGGAGGGUCCUCCCCACCGUCAUCUCAGAGUGCCGCGCUGCCUUCCUCGAGUGCCUGGCCGCUCAGUGCCUCCGGCUACGGUCGCUCCUUCAGCAGCAUCGCACCGGCGCCUAGCAUUGCAGGUAAACUGUCAGACAUUAAAUCGACGUGGUCCUCUGGCCCUGCCUCCCACACGCAAGCCUCUCUGUCUCACGAACUGUGGAAGGUGCCCAGAAACACUACUGCACCCACGAGGCCGCCUCCAGGGCUAACCAAUCCCAAGCCUUCCUCCACCUGGGGAGCCAGCCCCCUCGGCUGGACCAGCUCUUACUCCUCGGGUUCCGCGUGGAGCACCGACACCUCAGGAAGGACAAGCAGCUGGCUCGUUCUCCGCAACCUCACGCCCCAGAUCGACGGCUCUACCCUACGGACGCUGUGUUUGCAGCACGGGCCUCUCGUCACAUUCCACCUGAACCUGACCCAAGGCAACGCCGUGGUCCGCUACAGCUCCAAGGAGGAAGCCGCCAAGGCCCAGAAGUCCCUGCACAUGUGUGUUCUGGGAAACACCACCAUCCUGGCCGAGUUUGCUGGCGAAGAAGAGGUAAAUCGUUUCCUGGCCCAAGGCCAGGCGGUGCCGUCCACCUCCGGCUGGCAGUCGGGCACCGGGGCCGGCCAGGCGCGGCUGGGCGCCUCGGGCGGCUCCCACGGCCUGGUGCGGAGCGACACCGGCCACUGGAGCGCCCCGUGUCUGGCCGGCAAAGGGAGCAGCGACCUGCUGUGGGGCGGGGUCCCCCAGUACUCAAGCAGCCUCUGGGGCCCUCCCAGCAGUGACGACGGCAGGGUGAUCGGGAGCCCCACCCCGCUGAACACCCUGCUGCCCGGCGACCUUCUCAGCGGGGAAUCCAUCUAGGACCGAGAGGACCCCACGGGCACCACAAUCAGCAGCGCCGGGAAGAGAAGGCUGACCCUUUCCAGCCCGGGCGGCGCUGAGGACCCCGCUUGGCCCGGAGCAGCCCGGCAGCCCUUGAGUACCUCCGUCCAGUACUGGGGACGCACGUCCGCCGCGGUCCUUGCGAACUGUCCACAGGACAGUGCGGGCUGCGCUUGGUCAGUGUCACACGCUAAUGACAGGAUGUUCCUCAUAGCUUUUUAUUUUGUGUCGUCUUAUGUUCGUAUGGUGUGUCGUCAUUUUGAUUUUUUAAGUAUAAAAGCUGCUUAGACUAGUUCUAUCAUGAAGGGCACUUUUCAGAUCGUGGGCUGGAAAGGGUUAUUUUAUCAAGGGGGGCGGGAGGGAGGGAGACGAGAAAGCCUAUGUAAAACGAGCCUGUGACGAUUAUGCACAUUACCAGAGGCGGCCCGUAGUCAGGGCGGCUGGUGUCCAUCCCCGGGCACAGAGCGCGGGCCCCACGCGGCCGCCUGCGCUCUGCCCUCCGCUCCCACGGGCCCGCCUAUGCACAUUACCCUUGUUUCAUUACUUUUUCCUGUCAUUUUUUUUAAUCCCAAAAAAUAUUUUUUAAAAGUUAAAAAAAAAAAAAAAGACAUAUCGAACAUGCAAAUACUUGAAUCCAGCAGGCCAACAAGGAGACGCGGGCGCUCGCCGCGUCCAGUUCUGCACUCCCAAGCUGACACCAGUGCGCAGAGACAGGCUCCAGGAAACAUUUCUGAGUUCACAGCCUAUGUGCGUGUGUGCGCGUGUGUGUGCGUGCGCGCGUGUGCGCACUCCUGUGUUUGUGUGUUAAGCGUGUGAGGAUUUAACUGUGGGUUUUCCCUUUUAUUCAGUAUAUGCUUUUUUUUUUUUUUGGCGCAUUGGUCCAACGUUUGUUACUAUUAUUAGCUUCUAACUUUGCACUGAGUGUCCCUGCUCUUCCUUUCGCUAAUCCUAUACGUUAAAGAGAAUUCAUAGGACAGGGCCGGUGACAAUUCACGUGUAAAUGUUUACUCAAGGACUCUGUUACUGCGUUUAAAAAUUACAGUGUAUAUCUCUGGAUAAAUAAUAUGUAUACCUACCUUUAGCAGCUUUUUAUUGUGGACUAAUGCAAGAGAAUUAUUACCAGAGUAUUGCACCGUGUUUCCAUUUGGAAUAUAAAGCGAAAGAGAAAACAGCUGGUGCUGGACCGUGGCCAUAGAUACUGGUGAGAGCCACCGGCCCCGCACGAGGAGCGGGGCCAAGCACUUGGACCUGGGUGGUGACCGCUUUCGGAGGGGCCCGUGCUCAGGGCUCCCACCUGUUUACAGACCCUUUUUUCUCCUUCAGACUUUAAAAUUAAAAAAAAAAAAAAAAAAAAAAAUU